UUAAGGUCCUCGCUGUUCCCCACGCUCGCUGCCCACUGCAACUCCCCAGCCAUUUUUGACACUCAUUUUGGCCGGUUGAGGCUUUACCAUUCUGUCAUUGUGUAUCGGUUUAUCGCGGUAUCGACUUGGUUGCUUUCACUGUUGCCACGGCCACCGCCCUUGACCUGUAUCAAGCUCCAAACUUCACCACCAUCACGUCGCGUCCUGCCCCCAGCGUCGUCCCCUCUUCUUUCACAUUCCUGAUUGCCUUGCCCUAUUCGUUCUCGCCGUCGCUAUGCCUCCCCACGCAGCCAUGGCCGACCGCGAGAGUCCUCCUGCCACGCCGCGCCGCCGCAACUCGCACUCAAGGCCCGCCACGGCUUGGGUUGGUGGACAGCGUCGCCGCUUGGUUCGUCGGUCGGGCCUUCCCCGCAGCAGGACCACGCCUGCCUUCACUGGUCUGUCUGCUGGUCCAGCUUCUCCGGCUGUCGUUUCCGCCCUCAUCGACAGCCUCGAUAACCUAGCCUCGGCAUCUACGCCUGCCCAUGCCGCCAGCCCCACACCAACGCUCAGCACGCUGUCGCUCGCAGAAUCCCCAGCCUCGAGCCAGAAGAAGAAGAAGACCACAUGGUUCGGAGGCAAAGAGCGUGCCGCGGGUUCCUCGGAUCCUCUGCCGCCUUCACCGCUUCCCGAAACCUCAGUCUAUAACAUCAGUAAGAAGGCUGGCCUCAUACUGGGUUUAGAUGUUGAUGUUGACGACUGUGGUGAAGAUCAGGGCACUCAAGGCCACGGCACUGGGUCUGGUAUUGGAACCGAACAUGGCAACCCGGAGUACCACACUAUGAUGAAAGACUUGAAUGCCGAAGAUAUUGCUCACGAGCUAGAGAAAAAGACCGACGAUGCUACCAGGCAGACGAGGUUCAAGGAAGAGGGUCUGUCUCCCAAUGACCAGCCCGCCCAGACUGUCGCUGCCAGUGCCACCCCGAGGGGCCUGAAGCUGCUAAACUUGAAGGCCGGAAACUCGAAGGCGGCGAAGCUGCUGGGUCUUGUGUCUUCACUCUCUCGCUCCAAGAGCACCGAGCAGCUUACAGGCUCCCCGCAUCCACCAAGCCCCAGUAGACAAGACGUUGACAUGGAUCACAACAGUGACGCAGGCCACGCUACGACACCUCCGAGGCCAAUCCCAGGCGCCAGGAACAGCGGCCGCCGAAAGGGCAAAAAGAAAGGUCCGAAGGAGCUCCACAUGAUGCCGCCCAUAAAAGAAGCUAGCGACGACGGCAUCGUGUCUCAAGAGGAAGAAGGCCCUAUUGCACAGCCGUUGAUGGCCGCGAAUCCCCUACUCGCCCCGGAUAUCGAUGAAGACGAUGAGGAGGAGCCUUCAUCGGAGGACCAAUCCGACGAUGUUUUCGAGGAUGUCGAUGACGGUCAGGCAGAAGAGGUAUUCCCUCUCUCCCUUGAGGGCAAGAGCCCGUUCAAUCGACGACUCACCAAGUACCAGAAGAGUGGACGUCGAGCGCCCGAGAUGGUUCAAGUCAAAAGCCCCCUCCAGGACCUUGAGCGUAUGCUUCUUGAUAACACAGAGAGGAAAAUGAGGAUGGAUACUAACGCGGCUCGACUUCACGGAGAGCAUGCUAAGCUGAAGAAUGAUUUGAAGGCGAUCAAGCGGCGUAGCACCACUAGCACCACUGCGGAUGAUGUAUACAAUGUGGGGAUGUAUCAGUAUGCUAACGAUCGUGGCGUUCCAGAUGACGACGUAGAUUCUUACGACAUUAGCAUCGCCAACAGCAUCGACGUCGACGAGAAACCAACUAUUCAAAUUGCUCGGAUAGCCACGUUCACUCGGAUUGUCCCGGGAAUGGUCAAGCUUGUUAGUAUUCCAGCAAUGAAGACCAACUGCAGCAUGCUUCAAGCCACCCAGUCAAUUCUGCCAAAACGAGAACGCAUGAAAUUUGAGAUGGUGAAUGAUAAUAUUGGGGUAUUUCUUUCUGAUCAUAUCUCCCACAACCGAAAUGUCUCCACCUCUCAGCCAGAUCUCAUCGAGAAGAAGGACAAGUUUCCGAAGGAAGGAUAUCGCAAACCGACUGAGGAUUGGGUCAACGAGUACCGCACUAUCGAUCUGCGCCCUCUAUCAAUGCGCAUUGAUCCCGCAGUUCUCGCGGACCAGAACCUCGAUCGGCCUCCAACUCCCCCGCCAAAGGAUAUAUCGAAGAAUCCGCUAGGUAUCCAAAAUAAUCAAAAGCACUACUGCAUCGUAAGCGGCCAUGUCUUCAUGCAAAUCAAACUUUGGCAUGCCAGAGGUGGGGUCGCUGCUAUCAAAUGCGAACAAUGCAAAGUUAAGGAGGUGGCUUUGGUUUGCGAAGUUCGGGUUUGUGGUCUUGGGCUUUGCUACAACUGCGCCAUCGCGAUGCAGGCGGAGUGGGAGGGCAGGGCUGUGGCUAGUUGGGAGGAGUGAUCCUUUGGUCAGGCCGCCACAAAUCAGGGAAGUGCUAAAUGGCCGUAAUGUAUUUUGGAGGCGAAGAUGCCGUGGAUUGAACAGUCACAUGAUCUCCACUGUCAAUGUAG